CCGGCCCCGCGGUCCCCGCGGUCCCCCCGGACCCCCUGCGCGGCGGCUGCAGCGCGCCGGCCCUCCCUGGGCCCCCCCACGGCCUGCCCAGGCCAGAGGCGCUUUACUACCCGGGACCUCUACUGCCUUUGUACUCCACCCCACCUAUGAGCCCCUCUUUUCCUCUGCUGAACCUGCCUACACCCCUGUACCCCAUGAUGUGCUCCAUGGAACACCCCCUGUCAGCCGACAUUGCCAUGGCCACCCGUGCAGAUGAGGACGGAGACACGCCUCUGCAUAUUGCCGUGGUGCAGGCUAAUCUCCCGGCAGUGCAUCAGCUGGUCAGCCUUUUCCAGCAUGGGGGCCGAGAGCUGGACAUCUACAACAACCUGCGUCAGACACCCCUCCACCUGGCUGUGAUUACCACAUUACCGUCUGUGGUCCGGCUCCUGGUGACAGCUGGUGCCAGCCCCAUGGCGCUGGACCGUCAUGGCCAGACCGCAGCCCACCUGGCGUGUGAACACCGCAGCCCCACCUGCCUCCGGGCCCUGCUGGACAGCGCAGCCCCGGGCACUGUGGACCUAGAGGCCCGCAACUACGACGGGCUCACCGCCCUGCACGUGGCCGUGAACACCCAGUGCCACGAGGCCGUGCUGCUCUUGCUGGAGCGCGGCGCGGACAUCGACGCAGUGGACAUUAAGAGCGGCCGCUCGCCGCUCAUCCACGCCGUGGAGAACAACAGCCUGAGCAUGGUCCAGCUGCUGCUGCAGCACGGCGCCAACGUGAACGCGCAGAUGUACUCGGGCAGCUCGGCGCUGCACUCGGCGUCCGGCCGCGGGCUCCUGCCUCUGGUGCGCACUCUGGUCCGCAGCGGCGCAGACAGCGGCCUCAAGAACUGCCACAAUGACACGCCGCUCAUGGUGGCGCGCAGCCGCCGGGUCAUCGACAUCUUGAGGGGGAAGGCCAGCCGGGCUGCCUCCGCAUCGCAGCCUGAGCCCUCCCCUGACCGAAGUGCCACCACCUCCCCAGAGAGUGGCAGCCGCCUCAGCUCCAACGGCCUUCUGUCCGCGUCGCCAUGCUCCUCGCCUGCCCGUUCUCCUCCCAAGGACGCCCCCGGAUUCACCCUGGCUCCCCCCAAUUUCUUCCUUCCUCCCCUCUCUCCCCCAGCCUUAAUGCCCUUUCCGGGGGUCCUCCGAGGCCCUGGCCGGCCAGUGCCUCCCUCCCCAGCCCCAGGAGGCAGCUGAGAGGGAUGGGGGGGCAGGUGUCGGACUCUUAUGAGGAGGGGCCCCCCUGCCCUGGGGGGUCGACCCUUCUGGAAACUGUGAAGAUCUCACUCUGCUCCCCCCAAUCCUCGGGACCAGGAUUUGCACCAAGGCACAUGCACCUACCCUGGAGUCCCCUCUUCUGUUCAUAGAUAUUUCCCCAUGGGACACCCCCAGGAUUCUCACCCCAUUAUUCUCAGGCACUAGCCCCCUGUCCGAAUUCCACCCAAAUGUUCAUGUCCUUGCCCCUCCCGGAGGCUGGUGGAAUCGGGGACAGCAGCGCCACCCCACUUCCAUCCAGAUGCUAGGGGGAGGGAGAGGGCUCUCUGGUGGCACUGACAACAAUGUAAAUUAUUAGGUUUGGUUUCUUUUGUAAUAAACUAUUUUUGUAUCAUAA